AAAUCGCCAUUGUUUGGAUGCGCAGCAUACUGGCCAAGGCUGAGGGAAUAAAAAGAGACUUCUUCUCCUGUGAUUUGUCCGCUCGCUACCAUGGUGUCAACGGCCCUCCUCGCGAUUUAUCUCCAGUGUUUGAUCCAGAGCAUCACAGCGUUCCAGGUGACCGUGAGCGAUGACAAUUUGAUCAUAGCAGCGCUUGAGCCCACAGACCUGCAGGAGAACAUCACGGCGUAUGCAGUUCGGCUCUCUGGAGGACCUCGGAUGAACCCGGUCCAGUUCCUGAACACUAGUGACCCACCACCCCUGGUGUUCAACACGUCCCAUCACGGGCUCUGCUACACCGUGGGCCUCCUGGUCAGAGAGGGCAAGGCCUGGUCCAAGCCAGUAAAGACUGUAUCCAUCCUCACAAAGCCCCUUCCUGUGGAUAGUGUGCUAAUAUCAGACUAUAAGGAGUCUCCAGAGACGGGGGUGGUGUUUGAGAUCAGCUCCCCGGCCAAUAAUGUCUUCAGCCGGGUUAACAUCAGCUACACAGAGGGGCAAGAGCGGCGCUCCAUGCUCUAUAAAGAUUUCUACAAGGGUAAGACGGUGUUUAAGCACUGGUUGCCCGGGACGUGUUACAGGAACAUCACCUUCCAGCUGAUCUCCGAGGCCUCGGUCAACAAGACAACUCUGGUUAGACACAGUGACGUCACCCACAAGCCACUGCAGCACAGAACAGUGCCCCACCCUCCUUUCAACAUAUCCCGAAAGAUCGUCCACCUGAGCCAGAGGUCACUGCCAGGCCAAGCCCCCGAUGGCGUGCUAACUGAGGGGAGCCAAGAGAACCUUCGCUCUUCCCGUCGGUCUCGGGACGUCCCUCUGAUGGAGGAGCAGGAGAAGGAGGAGGAAACGCGCAACGAUGGGGACGGCAACACAUCUGAGGAGGCAGCAGCGGCGGUCACCCAGAUCCCCUACAACCCAUCCCACAACCUCACAGAUGUCUUUACAGAAUACACCAAUGCCAAUGUGGGCGCCAAUGACACUGCAGAGGAGGAGGAGGCUCUCACUCAGCCCUACUGGCUGGAUCCAACUAGCAGCCCGCAUCCCACAGACAAGGAGGAGGAGUUUGUCAAUGCAGUGGUACCAGAGUAUGAGGACUCAAAUGAGCCGGGCUCAGCCAUGGGUUUGCCCUCUGAACCCUCAGUCAUGCCCACCAAACUGCCUCCCAUACUGCUGGAGCUACGCUGGCUGCCGCCCAGACCAUCCACCACCUAUGACGGCUUCAACAUUUACAUCUACCGAGAUGGUAACUCUACAGAGAUCGCGACCGUGGACGAAAACACUCACGAGUUCUUCACUGAGUUGACAGAGCCAGGAACCUACCGAGUCCAGAUCACCACACUCAGCUCGUCUGGAGACUGUGAAGCCAGGGAGAGCACGGCCGACACAGGCUUCACCUUCUAUCUAAGUCCUAGAGGUGAGUGGCUGGAGGAGCCGAAGGAGCGUCCCCAGGCAGUGAGUGUGAGGUUGCUGGGCUCCAGCACUGCUGCCGUGUCCUGGGCUUCUUCCUCUGAGAGCCACAACGGCAGCCUGGUGUCGGUGCUCUCCACCACCUGCCUCAGGCCCAGCCUCAGCCAGCGGAUGGAGCACACCUACUGCAGUGAGGAAAACAUAACAAGUGACAUAAUUACCAACCUGACCCCGGGGGCUCAGUACAGGGUGGUGGUCUAUCACACUAACGGACCCCUCAUCAGCCCCCCCUCUGAACCCGUCAUCAUUGAUAUAGAGCCCACAGGGGUGCGAGAGCUGGUGGUGUACCCUCUGAGCCCCACAGCAGUGAUCCUGAGCUGGCAGAGGCCGUACCACGUUGCCUUCCGCAAGUACGUCCUCCAGACCUUCUUCUUCAACCCGGUCACCUUGGCGUCAGAGUGGACCACCUACUAUGAGAUCGCUGCCACCGCCUCAGUCAUCGCCUCAGUGAGAGUGACAGAUCUGCUGCCAGCGUGGUACUACAAUUUCCGUGUUUCCAUGGUGACGUGGGGUGACCCACCACUCAGCUGCUGCGACAGCUCCACUGUGAGCUUUGUAACAGCCCCUGAGGCCCCUCACAUCUCCUCAGUGGACUACUCCCAUGGGGUGCUGUACGUGCGCUGGACCUAUGGAGAGCUCUUCAUUGACUUGUCACACUCGAGGAUGCUGCACUGGCAGGUGGUGGCGGUGGGCAAGAAAGGCCCCGAGAAGAGCUACUCCAUUGAUGUGACUCGUAACGUCAUGCGGGCCAGCUUGCCUCUGCCACCGGGGGACAUCUACAACCUGACAGUGACUGCCUGCACCGAGCGCAGCAGGAACACAUCCAUGCCAAACAUCAUCAAACUAGAACCGGCCCCUCCCAAGUCUCUGUACGCUGUGAAUGCAACCCACUCGUCUGUGACUCUGCUGUGGACGGAGGAGGGAGUAGUAGACUAUUACCAGGUCCUCUGUAAACCGGCUCGGCCGAGCAAAGAGCUCAAGGCCCGGGAGCCUCUGACAGCCAGCUCUCAUGUGCUGACGGUGUCGGGUUUGAUGCCUUCCUCCUCUUACAACUGUACGGUCACCAGUUACAGCUACAGCACCCCCAGCAAGCCUGCAUACAUCACCAUCACUACUGUGGCUAAAGAGAUGAACCCCAGUGUAGCAGCCAUCUCGGCUCUAGCCGUCCUCAGCGUCCUGCUCAUCAGCCUGCUGGUGCUUUUCCUGCUGGUUCUCCGCAAGAAGCAUCUGCAGAUGACCAGGGAGUGCGGGGCGGAGACCUUUGUCAAUUUUGCCUCAUUUGAGAGAGAUGGCAAGCUUCCUUACAACUGGCGAAGAAGCCUCUUUGCCUUCCUUACCCUACUGCCAUCCUGCCUUUGGACUGACUAUCUUUUGGCUUUUUAUAUUAAUCCUUGGAGCAAGACAGCUUUAAAGAAACGGAAGCUAACAAGCCCCGUCCAGCUGGAUGAUUUUGACACAUAUCUCAAAGACAUGAGCAAAGACUCUGCCUACAAGUUCUCCCUGCAGUUUGAGGAGCUGAAGAGUGUUGGUCUGGAUCUGUCCCAUGAUGCGGCAGACCUGCCGAUUAACAGGCCGAAGAACCGCUACACCAACAUCCUUCCCUAUGACUUCAGCCGUGUGAAGCUGAUCUCUAUGCACAAUGAUGAAGGGUCAGACUAUAUCAACGCCAACUACAUACCAGGGUACAAGCAUCCUAAGGAGUACAUUGCCACCCAGGGGCCCCUACCUGAGACCCGCAACGACUUCUGGAAGAUGGUCCUGCAGCAGAAGUCCCCCAUCAUUGUCAUGCUCACACAAUGCAACGAACGGCGAAGGGUGAAAUGUGAUCACUACUGGCCCUUCACAGACGAGCCUGUGAUGUAUGGAGAGAUCAGUGUGGAAAUGCUCUCUGAGACAGAGUCACCAGAGUGGACCAUCAGGAGCUUCAGACUGGGCUAUGCCGAUGAGACUCAAGAUGUGCUGCAUCUCAACUACACGUCCUGGCCAGACCACGGCGUGCCCACAGUGAACGCCAUCGAGAGCAUCCUGCAGUUUGUCCACAUUGUCCGUCAGCAGGCCAACAGGACCAAAGACCCCAUCAUAGUCCACUGCAGCGCCGGAGUCGGGAGGACGGGGACGUUCAUCGCUCUGGACCGCCUGAUGCAGCACAUCAGAGAGCACGAGUUCGCCGACAUCCUGGGCAUGGUGUCCGAAAUGCGCUCCCACCGCCUGUCUAUGGUCCAGACUGAGGAGCAGUACGUGUUCAUCCACCAGUGUGUCCUGCUGAUGUGGAAGAAGAAGAAGCAGCAGUCCAUCACCAGUGAUGUCAUCUACGAGAACGCCAGCAAGACAUAAUGAUGGCAGAGUCCUGCAGACGCUGUGAACACACCCAACCUCCUGUGCUUCAGGCAUCCAUUCUCUGCAAAGAGAUCCGCUUCAUCAUCAAUACCAAAAAACAGCAAACUAUCUGAUGACACAAGAAAAAAAUAAAAAAAAGAAAUCAAGUUUUUGUUUGAAUUGGUGUUAAGCAUGGGAUGGAAUUUUGCCUUAAGGAGCCUUCACUGACCGACCACAUAUUCAACCACAAUCCUGCCCUCUGAACUGGACUUUGUCAUGUGAAGAGUACGUGGGGUUGGAGCUGGAGCAUACGAGCCCUAUGCCCAGAGAAUGGAUGUCUAUAAGGGACCCACAAGUGCAUCCGUCCUCAUUCAGACAGCAUGAGGUGACAAUUUGGUGGAACUGAGUCAGUCGGUCAGCAGUUCUCAUUAAAUUACGUUUUUUAAUCUCAGGAUUAGCUGAAAAACCAGCAAGCACACUGGCCUCUUCCUCCGCUCACACCCCAGCUACUGUGGUUCACUGUUACAAAGUGACAUUUGUGUGCUCGGAAGUCGUUUAUCAGGUUCAUAGUCUGUUUUGCAUCAUCUGCUGGCCCUUUGUGAUGGGACUGUAGCAUUCACUGGGUAGUUUAUAGUGUUCACACUUUCCGCAUCGUCCAGCAUUCCUGGCUUUUCAGUAGAGCUAAGCGGGGGAGUCGGGUUUUCCAGCCGCCUGACUCAACACACGGCUGUCAAAAGCAACGUUACACUGCCACCCAUACUGCACGUGGGACUGAUAGGUUGAUGGUUUACUACUGUACCAACUGCUCCGAGGCUGCUUACUGCUUUAACAUACAAUUACUAGCCAGGACUGCUGCACGGACUUUGUGGAUCGAGGAUCUACACUUGAAGGAACCCAGCAACCAUUUGAUACAAGUUCAACGUCAAGGCAAAACGAGCACAAAAUUUUUACAACAUAUUCCAGCACUGUAGGAAUUGAAGUUAAACCGCUUUUGGAAACCACUAUGAAGUGAUAUUGGAAAGAUAUUUAGGUACUGAUUUCACAAACCGAUGCAGGUAGCAGCUACAGACGACUUCCAGACGUCAUUUGAACCUUCAUUUUGGCGCUUUAUUUGGGCGUCGUAUCAACGCCUGCUUGUCGAAAUGUUUGCUGGGUCUGCACAAGAAGCAAAGGGCACAACAAAAACAAAGGUUAAAGGUCAAAGGGAAUGCCUUUCUUUCAGACAUUGUUGCCUCAAGCUGCCAACUCCCAUACUAAAGCAUGGUAGAUCAGAGGCCAGUUUAGAUGCUAGAGACUGUGGUUGUAGAGACGUAGUUUGUAUUUGCACUGAGGCCUUGGAGCUGCCUGACCUGCUGAGAGAAGAAGAAGAAGAAGAAGAAGAAGAAGGGGGUGGGGGUUCUGCUGUCUUUUCCCUGUGGCUGCUGCUUCUGAUUGUGGAAAACUACUGUACAGCGGUGUUGCUAGAUAUUCGUUCCGUCCUGUGCACUGUGGGCUCUUCCUAAAGACAAACGUGUCAAAAUCCGAAGAGGUAGAACAUCCGAAAACAUUGAUUCAACCUCUGGUGCACCAGGGUAUGUGAUUCCACUGGUCGCAACAAUCGUGUUUUGAAAUGAACGGUGCAUGUUAGAAACUGAUCAUAUCUGGCACUUAGAGUAAUGUGAGCCAUCAUAGCUCAUCUAAUAGUAACUAGUUCUAUUACCAAGAUAGUGGAACUGCCGAUACCAUUAAGAAAUGACGUCUGAUACCAUGAAGACCUAAUAUCUGGCUUCCCUUUCCGAGGGUGAGAACUGACAGAAACAUAUCUGCUGAGCAUAUCUUUGUCUUGAAUACAUGGUUACUGUACAGAAAGUGUUCUCAAGCCAUUUUCUCAUGCAACAGUGUCUGCUAGUUAUUUUGUUUGUCAUUUGCCAUCGUUCUACUAGACUUGAGGGGAGUGAAUAAAACCCAGACUUCACAUCCCCGAGGAUUGUAAGAAUGUGUGCUUCAAGAUGAGAAUGAUGAUUUUUGCCAAGUUUUUCCAGUCUGUUCAGGUUAUACAGGAGAUUGUCAAAAUAAUGAACCAGCUCAGGCUCCCUUCUGAAGACAAAUGACUUUCCUUGGAGGGUUUCAGACCAAGGUUACAGGGGCCAUAUCACAGGACUUCAGAUUUUCCUCCAUAUACAUAUCUGAGCAAAGCUAUUUAAUGAAGACAUUCUCAAAACUGCAUUUUGUUUGAGUGAAUUACAGAAAAAGAAUAUUCAAUAAAUCAUCAAAGGUACGAUUAGAUCCAGUUCCGACAGAUUUGACUCCAGUGUGGAGAUUUAAUGCUGGUGUUUACAUUAUUUUGGCCAGACUUUGUAUCCAGGUUGUGAAAAAUGGGAGAAAUCUAUUAAAGUGCACAAGAACCGAGGUGAGACUGAGCUUAUCAGGCCACAGAACAAUUCA